CUGCUGAGUCUGAGGGUGACGCACACGCACACUGGGAUGUCCCUGUACAACAACGGGGCCAAGAUGCCUUCCCCCCAGGAAGCAUCAAAUGGCUUCUCUCAGCCUGGGGCCUCCGGCACCUGGCACAAGCCCGAGGAGGAGCUGCGGCUGGUAGAGCCUAGCUUGGUAAAGAAAGCUCAUCGGGAAAUCCUGGACCAUGAGCGCAAGCGGCGGGUGGAGCUGAAGUGCAUGGAGCUACAGGAGAUGAUGGAGGAACAAGGGUACUCCGAAGAGGAGAUCCGGCAGAAGGUGGGAACCUUCCGGCAGAUGCUAAUGGAGAAGGAGGGCGUGCUCACCAGGGAGGAUCAGCAUGGGCGUCAGAUAGUGAUAGAAAACCACCAUAUGGUGGAUGGAGAGGAGUAUGCCAUGGAGUACCCUGAGUAUGGAGAGGGCUGCCCGCUGCAGUGCGACUGUUCAGCUGACUGCUACCGAGAUGACAGCAGCCACAGAGAAUACAGGCUGAAGAGGAGGUCGAGCAGCUCCACCUCUCCUCCACCUAAGAAGAAAAAGAAAAAGAAAUCAGGGCAUCGCCGGAGCCGCAAAAAGAGGAAACCUGGCUCCGAGCGCAGUGGGGACAGCUCCUCACCAGUCCGGAAGGAGAAGAAGAAGAAGGCUGGGAAGAAGCACAGACGAGACAGGUCUGAGUCUGGAUCCCGGAAGAAGAGAAGACACAGGUCCAGAAGCCCCAAGAACAAAAGGAAAGAAAAAAACAAAGAGAGAAAAAGAUCCCAUAGUGGCUCUCCUGCCCGAAGGUCCCACAGACACAGCAGCUGCAGCUCCCACAGUGCUUCACUAUCUUCAGAUUACAGCAACUCCAAAUCUCCCAGCAGACUCAGCCCCAAGCACAGGGAGGACGGACAGAAGGCCAGCAGCCACCGUUCCAGCCGGAGCCCGUCCUCCUCUGGCACCUGCCACAGCCGCUCGGCCACACCACACCAGAACGGGCAUAAGGGCAACGCCCAGAAUGGUCGGCACAGCCACAGCAACCUGGUCAUAAAACAGCAGGAUAGGCUGGACUCCGCAUCCCCUUCUUCAAGGGCUCAUGUCAAGACUGAGUUGCUGUCGCCCCGCUCCAAGAGUAGCAGACAUGGCGCUAGGAGCCCCAGGUCAACGUCACCAGAGAAAGGAGGCCGAUGCUCUGGAGUGGACAAGCAUUCUCACCGCCGGCGCUCCCGCUCCACCUCAAUGCACAAACACAAGGGCCGGAGCAAGGCCAAGCCCUCAGCCCAGAAGGAGUCACCCCGAUCACUCAGUAACACAGGCUACAGUAGUGAUUCGGAGGGAUCAGCCUGCUCCCAUCCCUACCACGUGAUGCCAGGGGUGGAGAAGAACCAUGGGGCUCAUGCAAAAAAGGUGAAGGAGAGACACCAUCGUGGCAGGCCAAACAGCAGCUCAGAGUCACCUAUCAAGCAUUCCAGGCACAACUCAGAGAGAAAGAAGAGCGUGUCCCGGAGCACGGGCCACCGGAGCAGUUCCUGGAGCUCCAGCGGGUCCUUGUCCAAAUCCCGGUCCAGAUCCCGGGAGAAGAGAGCAGCACGGAGCAGGACUCGGUCUCCUUCACAGAAAAAAACUGCAAGCAGAGAGAAAGACAGUGAGCCCCGAAUACGCCACAGUGAUACUGAUCCCACCCGGCCCCGGCGCCGCUCCAGAAGUUAUUCCCCCAUCAGGAAGAGGAGACGUGACUCCCCCAGCUUCAUGGAGCCCAGAAGAAUUACAAGUGCUCGCAAGCGUCCAAUCCCCUACUACAGACCCAGCCCUUCCUCUUCCAGCUCCCUGAGCAGCUACUCAUACAGCCGGAGCCGGAGUAGGAGCUAUGACAGCUACAGCACCAGCCGCAGCCGGACUCGCAGUCCUCCAAGCCGCUCCCGGAGCCAGAGCCGGAGCCCUAGCUACAACAGCCACAGCAGCUCAGAGAGCGCUGGGUUCUGAGCCAGCCAGGGCAGGAGCGGCCCACUGGAACCAUCACCACCACUCACACACAGCUGCACGCCCCCUCCCUCCGUCCCAUCUCCUCCCAUCCAGCCCGCCCCACUCUUUGGCCUGGGCCACACAGGCUGCAGCCAACACCAGCCUCUGCACCCACCCUGCAUCCUGGCCCAGAGGGAGCCAGCUGUGGCAUGGUGAGACCCAGGGGAGCCAGGAGCUGUGGCUUCUGGGAAGGAGGGCAAGGAGCAACCAAGGCAGCUGCUAAAAGAUGGACCUCAAGUGUGGAGGGAGGGGGACCAGACUCCUGCCUGACAGUGGCAGUCCCCUAUCAUUGCCCUCCAGGAAGGCAUCUAUGAGAAGGUGCAGCAGGCCAAGAGGAUGUGCUUCCCAGGGGGGACCCUGGCAACUGGGCAGACAAGACCCCCACCAGCUACUGGGGUGGGGUGAAGCAGACUCCAAAACUUGGAUUUUGGAAGGGGGUGGGGGUGGGGGGUGUCUUCUCAUUUCUACAAGCAAACACCAGGGUGGGGGAGGGGAGGGGCAGAAUCAGGGCAGGCAGAGCAAGGGAACAAAGCGCUUAACAGAGACCAUGGACUGGAUCCCUGAGAGGGAGGGAGCCUUCCUGAACAAAGGAGCUUGCAGAAGCGCGGAAGGUUUGGUUUGGGCUGCAUCUAUUUAUUUUGCUCAAGCCUGUCAGAGACAUUCGUGCUUUAUUUCCUUUAUUUUUUUGAGCACAAUUAUAUAA